UCAAUAUUUUAUUAUUAAUUCUUUUUAAAUUUUGCAAUUAUAAAAUGAAUUAAUAAUAAUGAUUAUUACUUUUUUUAAACUUUAAAUGUGGUAAAAGUAAAUGGAAAAUACGUAUUUUGAAUAAAUGAUGACGUCUUUGAUAAAUCAGAAAAUUGAUAAGAAAUAGAUUAAUUUUUUAAAAUAGAAGCACGUGACUGAAUUUUGAAUAGGAAUUUAUUUAAUUAAAAAAACAUAUAUAAUAUAUUUUGAAUACAGACAUGGGAGGAAAAAAUACUGGAAUUGAAUUUGAUAUCGGUUUAGCUACUAAACCUAUUAAUCAUUUGGCAAUAAAGCAACAAGCGCAUGCACUUUCUACAAGAAGAACUGUUAAAAAGAAUUAUGAAAUUGCGUGGCUACUAAAAGCAGUCACAUGUAUUGAUUUGACAACGUUAAAUAGUGAUGAUACUUUUUCCAAUGUUCAACGACUCUGUCAUAAGGCUGUAAAUCCUAUUUGUCACAAUGUGCUGAAAAAAAUUAAUAUGGAUAACAGAAGUAAGUUUUUAUAAAUACACUGUAAUGUAUAUAUGGUAUAUUUAUUUCUGGCCAGAAUACAUGUAACUAUAAAAUAUUCUAUAAUUUCAUAGAAUAAACUUUGUAAUUCUAGAACACUCUUUAUCAAUAACUGCAAUGCAAAACAAUUCUCAUAUAAAUUGAAGAGCCAA